AACGAUAAUUUCGCUAAGAUUUGAAGAAGAAGAAGAAAAAAAAAGAGAAAAAGAGUCUUGAUCAUUUAAUGCAAUGUAGCAGAGUGUUUAUUGUCUCUGGAAUAUGGAAAUUUUAAACUCGGAUGCAUUCACUUUUAUUGGAUUUCCUAGAAGUGCUUCAGAAAUAAUUUACAAUUGUAUUGAUUAUCAUCAGAGACUGCAGAAAUUGAAUUAUACACAACCAGACAACAGUUUAUACUCUUCAACUAAUGAUUAUGAUAAUUAUAGAAAUGAUGCUUUGAUUAAUAGUGAUACACUUGAAAUAAAUUACCUCAAUGAAAGUUAUUCAUCAUCAAUGAUCAACUCAAAUUGUCCUGGAUUACGAAGUCAAUCGACAGUUGCACAUAUCAGUAUGGCUGUAGCUACGAUAACAAUGCUGAUACAUUUUAUCCUAGUCACCAUUGUAAAUAAUGAAUUGACAAAGCUGUAUGGAGUCUGUUUAAUCAUUGUUAUAUUAUUCAAUGCCCUGCACAGUGGUAUAUUAUUCGCUAGUGCAUAUAUGCCGACAACAAUUAGUUUUAAUUUAACAGAAAAAGAAAUUACAUAUUUUAUUAAGAAAAAUUUAUUUUUUAAUUGUUGGUUUAUGGAUGUUAUAACUCAUUAUCUUAUUUUAUCAAUAUAUCUUGGAAUAUUUUUUGGAUUAAUUGAACGUUAUCGGUGUAUUAAUCAGUAUUUCAAGCGUUCACCGAUCACAUUGAAAUCAUUGAACGCAUUCUUUCGGAAACACAGAAGGCGGGAUAAUUCAAAUAGAAAAAUGCAUAAUGAAUGGUAUACAGAUCCAUAUACAAUUAUCUGUGGUGGUAGUUGUCAUAGCAGUAAUAAUAAUGUUACAAAUAUAUCCAGUGAUAAUAAAGUUAAAAAUCAGUGUAAAAUAUUUAAAAAAUUAGACGAUACGAGUAGAAAUCAUGAAAGGCGGACACGAUUUGUAGCUCAAAAGGAUAGAUGCUUUGAACAGAACAGAAAUCAUAUGAGUACAUCUCAUCGUCUUGUUUUUCAUGAUCUUAAUCUACAAAAUAAUCGUACAUGGAAUAUUACUGUUAUAGCUGGUGUCCUAUGCCUACCAAUUCUACCGACUGGUUAUGGUGUUUGGGCUUCGUAUUAUUUAAGUUUGAAUAGUGUCUGGAAUCCAUCAUAUGGAAUUAUUACAUGUGGUAAUCUAGGUGGAUGUUUAGCUGCACAUCAGUUAUUAAUGCAUAUGCCAAUUGCUUUUCUCUGUUUGGGAAUUAUUACAUUGAUUGUUUUAAUAUCAAUUAAAACGGAUACAAAUUGUUUAGUACCAGAACAAAUGACUGUACAAUCACUGGACGCCAAUGCACGUUUUCGUAUGCUGACAAAAAUAGCUAUCAGUCAUACAGUUGUAUGGAUUACUGCAUUUCUAUCAAAUUAUAUUUGUCAUGCAGCUACAUGGCAAUUUUAUGGACUUGUUAUCGCCUUACAAAGUCUUUAUAUUAUUGUUAGUUUUGCAUUUUCUCGACCAUUUCUUGAGGUGAUUUUUAAACGAGAUGAUCCAUUGUCACGUUUAAAACUGGACAAUUUAGCUAUGCAAUUACCCCUGGGGGUAUUUCGUGGACAUGGAUCUAUGUCGACGACAACAAAUCUAGGUGGUUGUUCAAAGAGUCCUUUUCCCAGAUAACUUAUUACUUACUGUUCUGCUUUUUUGAUGAGAAACAGAAUUACAUGUGAGUAGCCUGCACAUUCAGAGUUGUUUGUUAGUUUUUGUUUUUUUCUACUAGAAGAUUUUAAUAAUUGUAUUUAGUACACAUAUGUUUUUUUUGUCGUUGUUGUUUACCUUCCCAUUUUGUUAAUUUGUACUACUAAUACUACUAC